UUUAUAACAACCCUAGCUACAACACCAGUGAGAAAGGGAACCUUUAGCCCACCCAAUCUUCAAUUUUUGCCACAAAUCAGGUUGCUCUUGUUGUCAUAAAGUGCUAAGAUAGCCAUGAUCACAAGGGGAACAACCAAAAGGGAAGAUAAAAACCAUUUAGCCAAGAAAAGUGUUCAAACAAUACCUACUGCAUUUGUGGCUAAGAGAACUAGAAACAAAGAUAAGACUAUAUUUAAUGAAGCUCUUGAGGAGAGCAAUAAAAAAGGAAAGUUAAGGAAUGUGUUCAAACCUACUGAAUCAGAUAUUGUGUCAAUAGAAGUAAGUGAUGGUGAAAAUAUGGAAGCAAAGAAGGAGGUGGAAGAAAAAUAUCUUGUGGGAAGGGUGAAAAAGAGGGCUUCCCUAGCUGAGGAAUUUGACAAAAUGGAAAGACCCUCAAAUGGGCAGAAAGUAGCAGGUCCUGUUGCUGAGAGACCUAGUUUUAAGAGAGUUAAGAGAAGAGCUAUCAAGGUACAAAAGGUGAAGAAAAUACUGAAAGGAAAGGUGAUUGACCCUACAGUAGCAGAGGAGCCAGGGCUAAAAGAGCUCAAGAAAAAAGUGGACCGUCAAGGCUGGUCCCAUUUGCUCCUUGAUCCUCACCCAGUGGUUCAUGAGGAUGAAGUUUGUCAAUUCUACAAAAGGUUUAAAUUGGUUAAGGGAGACACAGUUGAGACCACAGUAAAGGGGGUAAAAAUCUCAUUUACUGAUAAGGACUUGGGAGAAAUAUUGAGAGUACCAACUAUUGGGUGCGGUGAAUAUGUGAAGAGGGGAUGGAUUGAAUAUGGACCUGAGAAAAGCAGGGUGUACCUAACUACCAAGUUUAGCCAAGGAAGAGAUGUUGAUGAACCCAGGAAAGUGUUCAAAGGAGAAAUGACUCCUUCUCAUAAGCUCUUGUUUGAGCUGGUAAACAAGUGCCUCUUGCCUAGAUGUAAAAGAAUGAAUGAAGCAAAUUGCUUGGACAUGUUAGUCAUGGAUGUCAUAGAUCAAGGAAUGCUGGUGAAUCUGCCUUCUCUAAUGGUGAAACAUAUGACAAGGGCAGCAGAAGGAUCACAUGCUUUGCCCUAUGGGUUCUGGCUAACCAGGGUUUUCACCCACUUUAAAGUCCCCCUGAAUAUAGGGAAAAGGGGAGGAAAGAAGGACAUGAUCAACAGGUCUACACUUGCAGAGUGUGACCUCCUUCCCAGAGCACUUGGUUUUAAGAGUAAUAGCUUGAUCACACAGUUGAUCAAUGAACUUGAAGAGGCAAAGGCUGAAAAGGCAAAGGCAGAGGCUGAAAAUAUAGUGUUGAAAUCAGAGAUUCAAAAGGUGAGAUUUUGGCUCAUCACAAAAGGCUGCAGCUGUAACAUCUAAUAAAGAACCCGGUGCUUAGUUCCUACUCCUCCGUUAUGUGUGGCCAAGUCAAAUACUUUCUAAACCCCAUUUGAGGAGAUAUUUUUCUAGUUUCUUGUCUGGUUUAUAGUAAUUGGGAGUUAUAAGCAGAUUAAUGUUACUAUUUUUAGUUGGAUGCAUUCAUAAAAUCUCCUUUUGCUUAAUAUGAUGUCUUUUUCUGACUACUAUCAUUGCAUUUCGUUUUUACAAUUACU